UUCAGAGCAUCUUCAAGUAUCAUAUACCUUUGGUGGUGGCAAUAUGAAUUUAUCUGGCUCAAGUGGAAAGCGACGGAGAUAACGGGACGGAGACCGAAGUCACGUCUUACUGCGUACACCCAACAUGUCUUCUUCCUCGAUCUCUAUCUCCAGCAACCUAGUUUUCCUAAUCAACUUUUGGAAGAUCGGGACACCGUAUACUAUAUAUUACAGAUAUGACGGAUUUCACUCCUAGAGACACUUACACAACUUCGCUGUCAUCCACAGAGAAAAAGAGAACUAGAGUCCAGCUCUCUUGUACAGCCUGCAGAAGCCGAAAACUCAAGUGCUGCCGUACAUAUCCGUGCACGAACUGCAAGAAGAGAGGCGAAGCUCUCUCCUGCACCUUUGUCGGUCGGGGUCCUCGAGGGAGGGCUUCGCAUGGCCGAACGAGUCCAAGUCUUGUCCAGGACCGCCUGCAGCAUCUCGAGAAUUUGAUUCUAUCAUUGACUCAGAAAAAGAGUCUGGCAGAAAAUCAUGACAUUCGUAGGCCAGAGGAACAUGAGGGGUCGUCUACGAGCCGGGGAACUGACGCUCGAGUAACCCUAAGGACGCCUUCUACUAGUGAGCCUAAGGAGUCUCCUCUGGACCCGUCUAGUAAGGUGGUAGUGGAAAAUACUGGAACGAGUUAUAUUGACGGUGCUCACUGGACUGCUAUACUCGAGGAAAUUAACGGCGUUCGAGAAUACCUGCAAGAAGACAACGGUAUCUCAGAUGACGAAGCGCUUGACGACGGCCACCUCAACACACCAUCCCCGACUCUUCUAUUAGGAUUGAAUAAAGCAGUGAGCAAAGAAGACUUGCUAGUUGACAUUCCGCCACGGCCGGUGACAGAUCGACUUGUAGCACAAUUCAUCAAUAGCAAAGAACCUGUGUUAUCCACCAUUCAUUUUCCCACGUUUCAAAAAGAGUAUAAUCUAUUCUGGUCAAUUCCACAGGCUGUGUCUCUUUCGUGGCUAGCAUUUUUGUACGCUAUCCUCACUCUGUCGGUUACGAUUCAACAACGUCUGGGGGAGCCCUUACCAGUCUACUUAGAAGACUCUGGGUACAUCAUCAGUACCUUCAGGAAGCGAGCCGCACAGUGCCUUGUCCAGUCAAAUUACACGCAGCCUGGAAAGUAUAAGGUCGAGGCACUUUUCUAUUAUACCUUAGGAGAGUUUUAUCGAAGCAAUGAUGCCCAAGUCAGCGUUUCUUUCCUCCUUGGAAUCACUAUUAGGUUAGCGAUGCGGACGGGAUAUCAUCGUGAUCCGCGGCAUUUCCCCAGCAUCUCCGCUUAUGAAGGCGAAAUGAGGAGACGUGUUUGGGCGACUAUGCGUCAACUCGACACCUUGAUCUCGUUUCAAGUUGGUCUGCCACGUACGAUACAGGACUGGCAAGAUGAUGUCGAGCUACCGCGCAAUAUAUGCGACGAAGACUUCGGCGAAGGUACCACGCACCUGCCACCAUCGCGACCAGAGUCUGAGCUCACUACUGCGUCCUAUAUUCGAGCGAAAUCGAGAAUCAUGGCUGCGUUUGGUAAAAUCUCUGAUCUUGCAUAUUCGCGGAAAUCCGUGACCUACGACGAAAUUCUUGAGAUUGACCGUCGGUUGGAGGAAGUCUAUGGUCUUGUUCCUUUUAACUUUCGAAUACGGCCAGUGGAUCAAUCGUUCGCAGACCCAUCAGACCUGAUUCUCCGGCGGUACACAUUGGAGCUAUUGUAUCAAAAAGCUCGCUGUGUGCUCCACCGACGUUACUUAGGUGAAGUUCACAGUAAUCUCCGAUAUGCAUAUUCGAGAUGGGUGUGCAUGAGUGCAUCCAAGGAGAUACUCCGCCAUCAAGCAGACCUGCACCAUGAAACUCAGCCUGGAGGAAUCCUGUAUCGCGACAGACAGUUCCCAAAUUCACUUCAGAAUGCCGACUAUCUGCUUGCUGCGAUGAUCAUCUGUCUAGAGUUAUCCCAUGAUCCUCCGGCGGACCCGAUCAUGAACAGCGAUGUAACGGUCGUUAUCAAAGGACGUGAAGACCUUCUAACGAGCUUAGAAACAUCCCAUCAAAUUUUUGAGCAAAGUCGCCGACGGUCGACAGAUGCACAGAAAGCAUAUGCUGCAUUGACAAUUAUGCUUCGUAGGGUUAAGAAAGGUGUUUUGAGCACAACACAACCAAUUAAACGACCGGCAGCUGGCAACCCAGAUGACCGACCGGUUGAUAUGCACACCGCUCCACCUCCAUCGUAUGAGAGCUUGAGUGCGGCAAACGCACCAUACUCCGUUGCUACGUCGAGCGAGAUACCUAGGCUGGAUAUUAUAGAAUCGCCUUUCACAUCGUUGGACGUGAUCGAAGGGAUGCUUGAUGCCCCUUCUAAUCUCGACUGGAAUCUGUGGGACCAACAAGUUCAGGGCCCCACACAGCCUUCAAAGACCAACAGCCUCUGGUGUCCUGAUCCUGCGUUUAGUGAUAUCGUAGAUAGUAAUUCGCAGCAGUAACAUGACAUGGUCAGUGGAACAGGCGAUCACAUUGAUUUCCAUUCGAAAAGAGUAUAUCUCAAUUAAAACGAAGUAUCUCACGCUGUCAAUAUACAUAGUUCGCUACGUACUUGUUACAUAGUAUGAUAGUACAUUUAUAGAUAGUAAAGUAGUUGCUAGAAGAACCUUCGGCACGUCCCGAGCCCGCGUGGAUAAAACUCCCCGAGCCGGAACAAGGAAAAAAAAGUCCCAAAAAUCAACAACAAC